ACGGGAUCCCAAAGUUCAUCGGCGUCAAAAGCGAAACCUAACAUCUCCACGAUUCGAGGAAACCUUGGCUUCGGAUACCCUCGCGCAUGGCGGCAUCGAUGGUAGCAUCCUCUCCGAAUCUUGAUCGGCGUCCUCCCUCGAUGACGAAGGUCCGAAUCUGAUCUCCAUCUCCCUGUCUGCCACUGAACAACGUUGUACCCAUUGAUUGUUCGUUUAGGGUUAGGGUUUCCUACUUCUUCUUCUUCUUCUGUUUCUCUUGUCUUGAUUUGUAUGCAAUGAUAUCGGUAUGUAUGUGAGGCUAAUUGCUAGGGUUUUGAUGAUCGGAGGCGGUUCUUGAGAUUCCGUGAGAGGGUUGAGAUCUUUUCCGCUGAUUCCUGUUCUUCUAGUUUCUUAGUUGUAACUUUUUGAAGAAGAGAAGAUGCGGGGUUCGACAAGAUCCCGUGGCGGAGGACGAGAGGGCAGAGGAGCUAGGGCUUCUCCCCCCAGUACCCCGACAGGGCCGACAGCCAGCACCAAGAACAAGGAGAGACUCUCUGAUUGGCGCCAUGCCACCGUUCCACGUCGCUCGCGCCGCAGCCUCAGCCCUCCACGGCCCCAACUUUCUCCAAGCCGCGGGAACACAACCAUAGACCGAAGAGAGCAUGCUCUUCGUCACCAGUACCAGGAGAAACAGCAACUCCAGCGGGUGCACCGUCCUUCUCCAACAGUGCCGCCCCCUCGCAGCCGUGGGGCAGCCUUUGGGGACCUGGUAGAGGGCUACCAAUACCCGCCCAAGUACAUGUUACCUGACCAUCCGUCUGAAUCAAAGCUUCCACGGCCCAUUAAUGAUUCGGAGAUUUAUCACCAUGGCAUUGUUGCUCCUCACUCGUCAUCUGGGCUGGACAUCCAGGACAUGCUAUCUCACAAAUCAGUGUUUUCAGAUAAUGUUCCUAUGCGGCCCUUCCUCGGACACCCCUCUGAUGGCACCUAUCCAAAGGAUUCUACUGUUAUGAAGAGCACUGAAGAUCAUGGAGGCGGCACUGGAACUCUUACCAGGGGAAUCCGAGACAAUGAGGGUAUUCGGUAUCAUAACCACCCGAGUGAUACACAUGUUGAGGUAGAGAGGGAGAAGGUCUACUCUCGAGAUAGGUCUUUUCCCUUUGUGCCUCCUUCACAUAGGAUGUCAUCUUUUCCUGGUUCUUCUGCCAGCUUUGUCAACAAUGACUAUGUGAACAUGUAUCAUGACCACCUUCAUCAGCCAUCUGAUGAGUUUGGUAGGGGAACUUCCAGUAAGCUAUUGGAGAAUCCUUUGCAUCGAGAAGUCUUUGGUUCAGCUGAUACACUGAGACGAGCACCAGUUAGCCCACUGGCAAGGGAUGAGCCGUGGGAAUAUGCUUAUCGUGAGAUGGGCCAGCGAGAGAGGGAUGACCAUGGCUAUGUGGUUGCAGAUAACAUGCGCCUAAAGGCACCGUUGGAAUAUUCUGGUGAAUAUCAAGAUCCACUGAGUUCAUUGUUUAUGGAUGCUGCUGAAGACACGGUUAAUGAGGCAGGAGAUGCAUCUUGGAAGACUGUACAUGAGACUGGGCUUUGGGACCAGCGGCGUGUGUUGCCUCGAGAGGUCCUUCCAGAAUGUAGGAUCCAUAGGGAGGCGUGUGAGGACUUUUUGGAUUCUUCUGAGAGUAAGCAAUAUGACUUCAGAAUGAAAGUAUCAAGAGAUCAUGAGCCUGAACUUUAUGAAGAAAACCAUGCUUUUGGAAGAGAUUCUGGUCCUAUCGAUUAUAGGGGAAGAGUUAAGAGUCCAAUGUUGUUAGACCAUCAUGUGAGUAUUUAUAAGCAUGAUAUAAGCCCACCACCGACGGAGUAUUACAGGGAUGAUUUAGAUGUGUAUGAACCAUCUUCAGAAAGAAUGAUUAGAAACCAAUAUUAUAGUAUGGAGGAGGAUAUAAUCCGAGGUGAUUUGACAAGAAUGGUAGAUAAUCGAAAUGCCUUUAAAAGGAUUCAGCCACCCGUUGGUGAUGAUGGCAUAUGGUUGAAUGAGGAUAGAAUACGAACGAGGCAUUCUAAAAGAUCUGCUUUGGGACGUUCUCAGCAUAGAAUGGCCUCACAUCAGAUGCUUGCCCCUGAUGAUGGCUUGUAUUCUGGUAAUUCUACUAGACAUAUAGAUGUUGGCCGUGGUCAGACCUUGAAGAGGCGGCUUCGACCAGGCCCUUCAGAUUUCAAUGGAUCAUUUUCUUCAGAGAGAAGACAUUCGUCAUUGAGGCCAUUGAAAUUCUUAAAAAGAAGCAUUGAAAAUCGCAAUGGUGGCAGUGAAGUGCAAACUAGAGACUUUUCUAGUGGUAAUAAUCUGCUUAAGAAGACUGAACCACCAGAAGGUUCAGAGGAGUUUAAACAGCUAGUUCAUAAGGCCUUCCUUCGGUAUACUAAGAUGUUGAAUGAAAGCCCACAACAUCGGGAAAGAUAUCAGGAGACAGGAAAAGCCAGCAACCUGCUUUGUUGCGCGUGUCGCAGCCAAAAAAAGUACUUUCCACAUGUGCAUGGCCUGGUGAGCCACUCUUACUACUUCCCCAAGGUGGGCUUAAGAACCGAACAUCUGGGUUUGCACAAAGCUCUUUGUCUUCUUAUGGGCUGGAAUUGGCACAUGACUCCUGAUUCUUCAAGGGCAUACCAGACAAGGCCUGCCACUGAAGCUAAAGCAUUGAAGGAGGACCUUAUCCUUUGGCCUCCAAUCAUCGUUGUUCAUAACAGUUCUAUUGGGGCCAAGAAUAAGAUUAUAACCAUUAAAAGAAUGGAGGAGAUACUCAAAGAAAUGAGUUUUGAGACAGGGAAGAUCAGGGUUUCUUGUGUGAAUCCUCCUGAUGAAAGUAUUUUUCUGGUGAAAUUUAUGCCUACUCUCUCAGGAUUGCGGGAAGCAGAAAGGCUUCAUAAUCACUAUGCAGAUAACAAACGAGGACGGAAAGGAUUUCUAGAUGUUUUAUUGAAGAACACUGAUGGUGAGAGCAGAGGAGCUGGCCAACUUGACAAGUCUGAGGAGCUUCUUCAUGGGUACAUGGCAAUUGCCGAGGAUUUGGUUAAACUUGACCAAGAAACCAAGAAACGGUGUUUGGUUAGGAGUAAAAAAGAGAUUAAAGCCAUUGCUGAUGCCCCAAUUAAUGCAGAUUGAUAUGGUUAUAUCUAUUUCCUAUAGGAAUUUGUUUUGUGCAACAUGCUGGCUUUAAAAAAAAAAAAUUGCCAACAACUGUUUAAUGUGCUGUUUAAGUAUACAGUCAAUUACAAAAGUUUAUAAUUUCUUAUUUUGAAAUAAAGGCUGUUAUCA